AUGUACUUGUACGGAAUCGCUCUGAAUCGAACUCUGGAACUAUCAGGGGAAAGUGCUCUCAGCGAUGGACGAGCAAUCAUUGAAAACACAUACGGCGUUUAUAAUGGUUUUGCUGGUAAAUUUGUGCAGCGCACUGAUGGAGACGAAUAUGCGAGAUAUCAUUUGCUGGGCUUAAACGAUGAUUACGAGCCACGUUCGUAUGUUAAAAUAACGGUUGAUGCUAACUUAUCGACUCUGGAAAAGCUGUACGUUAAUGGAGCAACAACAAUCUGGCGACGUUACGGUGGAAAAGUUCCACCAGCAACACCAAUUUGUGGAUAUGAAGGGCGGUAUUGUCCGCAAACAUUUGGACAACGUUACCUACCGCACCUGAUCGUCGGAUGUUCAUGCAUCCUGGCCAUGAUUCUUAGCGCAGUUUUUUUCAUACUCUAUACAAUCCGGUGA